AAUAAAAUUGUGUUUCUGAAAGUUUUUUUUGAUUAAAAUAGAAAACCAAAUAGUCCAAUAAAGUCAUAAUUUUUGUCCAAUAAUAGUGCUCCUAGCAAUCACUUAUAUUUAUUUUGUAUUUUUUUCGUUUACACAGCACAUCAAAGAAAAUGUCGUCGGAAAAGCCCACAACUUCAAAGGAGUCCUUUGAUGUAUUUUAUGAAGAAGUUAAAGAAAUUGAAAAACGUGAUUCCGUUUUAACAUCUUCUCAACAAAUUGAUCGUUUACUUCGUCCAGGUUCGACAUACUUCAAUCUCAACCCCUUCGAAGUGCUGCAAAUUGAACCCGAGGUACCAAUUGAUCAGAUAAAGAAGCGCUAUCGUCAACUAUCCAUACUUGUUCAUCCAGAUAAAAAUCAAGAUGACAAGGAGAGGGCACAAAAAGCAUUCGAAAUUAUCAAUAGAGCAUGGAAAAUUUUAGAGAAUGAAGUAACCCGCAAAAAAUGUUUGGAUGUCUACGAGGAGGCUAAAGAAAGAACCGAUCACAUGAUUGCUGAGAAACGUAAAAAGAUCAAAAAGGAAAAUCGCUUUGAAACAAUACCGGAAGAUGAUCCCGCCAAGUACAAACAUGCCAUUUAUGUCAUGGUUAUGAAACUCUUUGCCGACAUGGAACGUAGGCGGCAGCAAUUGGAUCAACGUGAUCAAGAAGAACGCAAACGUAAACGUGAAGCUGAAAUCGAAGAGGAAGAAAGAAUAAAAGCCGAUCGUGAAUGGCAAAAAAAUUUCGAAGAAUCUCGCCAGAGUCGUGUAAACAGUUGGCAUGAUUUUCAAGCGGGCAAAUCUAAGAAAGCUAAGAAACAAAAACGUAUGCAGGGUCUUAUGGUGCCACCGAAAUUUAAGCCAGAAUCACGAUAAGUAGCGUACAACUCGUUCAAUUCUCUGUUAUAUAGAUUUUAUACAAAAAGAAAAAAAAAAAAACGUUUUUCGAUGGAAAUUUUAUGAAAUUAGGUUUUCUUUUCAUAAAUGCAGUAAACACAUACAUAAAUAUUCUAAAUGCAUACAUUUUAAGAAAUGACGUACACAUAAACUACAUGCAUAUAUAUUUAAAUAUAUUUAAACAUAAUAAACAGAAA